UCGACAAAAUAGAGCCAAGCGGGACGCAGGAGCUUAAAUAGGAAAAGAGAAAACGGAACAAAAUAUUAAUAAUAUUAAUGACAAUAAUCACAGCAGCAGCUCGAGCAGGGGAUGUGAGGCGGCGCGAGGCGGCUGGUGUUGAUCAGCGUCAGGAUGAGAUUAAAGAUUCAGGACACGCAGAGGCGGAGUGAAGGCGCGAGACACCGGAUGUGGGCUUCGGCAGGUGCGUAUCGAUUGUGAUGGAGUUGGCGCUUUGAGGGGCAGUGGAUCAUUACCUGCGGAUUCCCUGACCAAUGGCAUCAUCUGUGCAGAAACCACCUGGCUGAGGGGCGGAGCUCUGCGUCUACCUGAGUACGUGUGUGUGAGUGUGUGUGUGGUGUGUGUGGUGUGUGUGUUUGUGAGGUGAGAGAGACCAUGUGGCACACACGGAUGAGAGGUCACCUGUCACACACGCACCAGCUCAGACGACCUCUGACCUUCGCCCUGUGUGGGCUGUGCUGGGUGUGGUUGCCGUGGUGUGUCUCUGUGGCAACGGCACUGAGCUACCAGCCCACGGUAAACACGGCCCUGGGGCGUCUGAGGGGGAUGCGGGUUGCCGUAGCGGCGGAGGGUCUCGGCCCUGUGGACCAGUUUCUGGGUGUGCCAUACGCGGCACCACCAGUGGGGGAGAAGCGCUUCAUGCCCCCCGACGCCCCCUCGGCCUGGUCUGGCGUCCGGAACGCCACGAGAUUCCCGCCUGUGUGCCCCCAGACCGUCCGGAAUGCCGUGCCGGACAUCAUGAUGCCCAUCUGGGCCACAUACAACCUGGACACAGUGGCGAUGUACUUGCAGGAGCAGAGCGAGGACUGCCUGUACCUCAACAUAUACGUCCCCACUCAGAGCGGCACUAAGAAAGCGGGCGGUGAUUCUGAGGAUGAUGGAUUGCGUGAGGCUCGUGAAGACCCCCGGCCGGUGAUGCUGUUUAUUCAUGGUGGAUCGUAUAUGGAGGGAACCGGAAACAUCAUGGACGGCAGUGUCCUGGCCAGCUAUGGCAACGUCAUCGUCAUCACACUCAACUACAGAGUGGGAAUACUGGGCUUCUUGAGCACCGGAGAUCAGGCCGCUAAAGGAAAUUAUGGGCUGCUGGAUCAGAUCCAGGCUCUGCGCUGGAUCAGUAAAAAUAUUGGAUAUUUCGGAGGAGAUCCGGGUCGAGUCACCGUGUUCGGAUCAGGAAUCGGAGCAUCAUGUGUCAGUCUGCUCACUCUCUCCCACCACUCAGAAGGUCUGUUCCAUCGAGCGAUUAUCCAGAGUGGAUCUGCUCUUUCCAGUUGGUCAGUAAACUACCAGCCGGUGAAGUACACCCGCCUGCUGGCUGAGCGUGUGGGCUGCAAUGUGCUGGACACACAUGACCUGGUGCUGUGCAUGCAGAAGCGCAGCUACAGGGAGCUGGUGGAGCAGGACAUCCAGCCCGCGCGCUUCCACAUCGCCUUCGGCCCAGUCAUCGAUGGCGAUCUCAUCCCCGACGACCCGGAAGUGCUGAUGGAGCAGGGCGAGUUCCUCAACUAUGACAUCAUGCUGGGCGUCAACCAGGGGGAGGGGCUUCGCUUCGUGGAGGGCGUGGUGGAGCCCGAGGAGGGUGGCGUCUCUGGGUCGGAUUUUGAUUUCGCCGUGUCAGACUUCGUGGACGGUCUCUAUGGUUACCCUGAGGGGAAGGACACGCUGAGGGAGACGAUAAAGUUCAUGUACACGGACUGGGCCGACCGAGACAACCCCGAGACGCGCCGCAAAACGCUGGUGGCCAUGUUUACGGACCACCAGUGGGUGGAGCCUGCGAUAGUGACGGCGGACCUGCACGCCCGCUAUGGCUCCCCCACGUUCUUCUACGCCUUCUACCACCACUGCCAGAGCCCCAUGAAGCCCGCCUGGGCUGACUCCGCCCACGGAGACGAAAUCCCCUACGUGUUCGGAGUUCCGCUUAUAGGACCCACUGAGCUUUUCCCUUGCAACUUUUCACGCAACGACAUCAUGCUCAGCGCCGUCGUCAUGACCUACUGGACCAACUUCGCCAAAACUGGAGACCCCAAUAAGCCGGUUCCCCAGGACACCAAGUUCAUCCACACGAAGGCGAACCGUUUCGAGGAGGUUUCCUGGUCCAAGUACAGCCCUCAUGACCAGCUCUACCUGCACAUCGGCCUAAAGCCUCGUGUCCGCGACCACUACCGCGCCACCAAGGUGGCCUUCUGGAAGCACCUGGUGCCUCACCUGUACAACCUGCACGACAUGUUCCACUACACCUCCACCACCACCCGCGUUCCUCCAGCGCAGACCACGCACAGCACCCGCAGCUCCACGCCCCGACCAGGAGGGGGCGGCAAGACCCGAACGCCCGGCAAACGCCAGCCGCCCCAAUCCACAGCCCGCAGCGGCCCGCUGGUGAUUGCCAAUCCGCGGGAUUACUCCACAGAGCUCAGCGUGACCAUCGCUGUCGGAGCUUCACUUCUGUUCCUCAACGUUCUGGCCUUCGCCGCGCUUUACUACCGCAAAGAUAAGCGCAGCCGGCAGGACACGCCCCCCCAGUCUGCCCCCCAGCGCCAGGCCCCACCCAACGACCUCAACUACGUUCCUGCUUCAAUUUCUGGAGGUGAGAAAGAGGAGGGGUCACUAUGUGACCCCCUGCGUUUGACCCCGGCCUCGUCUCCGAGGGAUUACGCUCUAACCCUGCGCCGCUCGCCUGACGACAUCCCGCUCAUGACUCCCAACUCCGCCGCCGCCUUGACGCCAAACAGCGUCUCCAUGACACCCAACAGCGUCACUAUGACGCCCAACACUAUCACGAUGUCGCCCAGCUCGCUGAUGGGGUAUCCCAGCAUGCACCCAUACAACACCUUCACGCACGGAUACAACAACACGGGCCUUCCGCACUCACACUCAACGACCAGAGUAUAACACAGCACUGAUGGCCAGUUUCACAGCCAGCCUUCACCGCUACGGUACCACCCGUCCAGACCUGUUCAAACGUGGUUCCACAGCAGUGCGAUCAGGAGUACCGUGAGCCACCAGAACCUGGUAGACCCCCAGCAUUAAACCAUAUGACGUCCCACCUCAUUCAGUUCAGUUCAGUUUAAUUUGAUUAUCUCUGCUGUAGGUUUGCACCUUCAUACACACUCAUCAAUAAAUGAUCAGUGAAUUAACACAUUAUUGAAAUAGGGGUCCACUGGUCAGGAAUUUUUAUGGCUGAUUCUAAUCAUCCAGUUUAUUUACAGCCAAGUUGGCCUUUG